GAAUAGGGUUUUAAGAUUACAGCAUCUUUAGAACGCACAGCGCUGUCCAUGAACAAGCACAUCGAAGAAACUACUCUGUCGCUUUUCAAGGCUGGAGGGAUCAAACGCUGAUGUAUUCAUCGGAUUGCAAUAAGAACAGGAUUCCGCAAGUUAUAAAUAAAAAGAGAUUUAAUUGAAGAGAAGCAAUACAUAUUUUCACAUUGUAGUUUCUAGUCAGUGGGUAUAAAGUAAGAGUCUAAUUUACUCAAUGUCUUGGUGACUUUUAAAUGGUUUAUAAAGCAUUAAUUGUUUUAAUCCAUCUACAUGGCAUGACAGAGUCUUCUCCAGUUACCUCUCCGCUACUGCAGAGCCACAGUUUCAAGUUCGGCAGCAAACUAUCAGCACCUCUGGAAUUGUGCUUCAGUCAAGAGUCUCACAAACUACGUGGGUUGAAGUGGGCUUUGCGGGACAGAACUGGACGUUUAAAGGGAUGUUAAAUAAGCUUUAAAACUUGUAUCGUACAGACUUUUCGAGAAAAUCAAUUCAACAACACUAUUAUAUUUAGAGCGCUUUGGUGCUUGCUUCUCUAAGAAAGAAAAUGAUAAGUUAUAAUUUUACUUUGCCUUGUUUAGUGGCUUGCAUACUUUCCGUCCGCUGUAUCUUGGCGACUGGGACAGAGACUCAAACAGUGUCCCAGGAGUCGUGCGCAUCGUGUGGCUUGGGACAGACGGACCAGUCGGGACGAGUGGACAUAGACUUUCUAGAAGCCGUGAAAAGGCACAUCUUGAACAGGUUACAAAUGAGGGAAAGACCCAACAUCACUCAUCCCAUCCCAAAGGCUGCGAUGGUAACAGCGUUGCGGAGGCUGCACGCGGGUAAAUUACGCGAGGAUGGAAGGGUUGAGAUCCCGAACCUUGAUGGUCAAGCUGCCUACAAUAACGAAGUGCAAGAGGAGACCUCGGAGAUCAUCAGUUUUGCAGAAGCAGAUGAUAUUGCAUCAUCAAAGUCAAGCUUCUACUUCCUGAUCUCCAACGAGGGGAGCCAGAACCUGUAUGUGUCCCAAGCCAGCCUGUGGCUCUUCUUCCGGGUGCUUCCGGCCGGCCCAGAAAAGGGUCCUAGGAGGAAGGUAACAGUGAAGGUCCACUACCAGGAGGCAGGGACUGUGGGCCAGGGACCAGGCGGAGGAGGGCGCUGGACCCUGGUGGAGAAGCGGGUGGACCUGAAGCGCAGUGGUUGGCACACCUUCCCUCUGUCAGAGGCAGUGAGGGCGCUGUUUGGGAAGGGCGGUCGGCGGCAGGACCUGGAGGUGCGAUGUGAGGGCUGCGAGGCCAUGUCCGUGGUGCCGGUGCUGGUGGACGCCGGCGACCCGUCCCACAGGCCUUUCCUGGUGGUGCGGGCGCGGCAGGUGGAAGGGAAGCACCGCAUCCGUAAGCGGGGGCUCGAGUGCGACGGAACCAGCGGGGGCCUGUGCUGCCGGCAGCAGUUCUACAUAGACUUCCGCCUCAUCGGCUGGAACGACUGGAUCAUAGCCCCUGCCGGUUACUACGGUAACUACUGCGAGGGCAGUUGCCCGGCCUACAUGGCGGGCGUCCCGGGGUCGGCGUCCUCCUUCCACACGGCGGUGGUCAACCAGUACCGUAUGAGAGGCAUGAGCCCAGGUUCUGUCAACUCAUGCUGCAUUCCCACCAAGCUCAGCACCAUGUCCAUGCUCUACUUCGACGACGAGUACAACAUCGUGAAGCGCGACGUGCCCAACAUGAUCGUCGAGGAGUGCGGCUGCGCCUGAGCCGCGUGGGAACUCUGCUGUCAAAACGACGGUCAAACGGUUGUGCAAAAAAGACAUUUUGUACCAUUCACAUAUACAGUAUAUCUAUAGUUUAUGGAAGCACACACACACACACACACAGGUACGAACACAUGUAUCCAUGUAUUGUUGUUCUAUUUAUCUGGCGGCACGGCUUCGGCUGCUCUGUCAGUUUUUUGUCCGUUCCUUUUUAAGAACUUUAAACGCUGAGAAACGGGAUGAGAAGGGAAUGGUUAUCACCAAAUGAUAUUUUUCUAGUUUGCCAUUUCUAGUCAAAAAAUAAUGGCACUUCCUCUCCUCUAGUGAAGAUGGAAAGCGCUUAAGGAAACUGACAGGAUCAGCUGAUGCCUCUGUCAUCUCUACCCUUUCCGCUCCUCAGUACUUUGGCACAACCAGGACUUUCAAAAAAGCACUGGUAAUUCAUCAGCGUAUACAAUUCAGAACACUAGCACUUCCAUAUGCUCUGUAAAGAUGCUGGCCAGUCCAGCGGAAUUCGUUUUUGGCAGGGCUUAAUGCCUUGCGGAAUUACCCUGACCAGCAACAAACACAACAUUGCGAUUGUUGUUUUUCGACGAAGACUGGGCCUCGUUGUCACUUCCUGCCUGUCUGAGUGCUGCAGGGCCCUGUUCUCUGACCAGGUGAGAAGAUGGACCUUUGUGGACAACACACUCGUGUGCUACAUCCUUAGAACACAUACAGAGAACAUAGCCACAGCCUCUGUUUGUUCUGUCACAGCGGACACGGAUGGAAAUCCUCUCAAACGGCCCCGGUGGGCCAAGGUGCAGUGCAGCACUUGCAGAAACUACAAAAUGCACCCUCUAAUAGCACUUGCAUAUUGAAAUGCCUUCAAAAGGGUACUGAGUGUCCUGUCAUAAUGAUAAGUGCCAUGUGAGCUAUGCAAUGUAUAGUAACCCAUAUCCAUUCUCUACCCGACUGAACGCCCUCCUCUCUAGUCUUUAACUCUUAUCAAUACUUGAAAUGUGAUCUUUCGCUUCCUUUCCAAAGCGAAUGAUUGUUAUGAUGUUUGCACUGAAAAGUUGCGGGAUUAGUUAAACAAAACUGCCAUUGAAAAGUUAUUUUUAUAGAAAUAAAUUGAACUUUGUUUAAAAUGUAUUUUACCUAAUAAUGGAACCAAAGAGGCCAAGAUCUUAGCUAUUAUAAUUAGAUGGCCAGGCCAUCACGUUAUUGUGUACAAUUCUGUCGAUCAUUUUCAAGAGGCCUAAUCACUGUAUCAGGGUACAAUAUGAUUCCAUUUCUUAGCUCUAUUGUCUUUCUCUAUUUUGUACAAUAAACAUGUGGAACACUUCAUUUUUCAUCUUUAAUUCUAUUUUUUCAGUUUUCUAUUUAAUAAAAGUUAUUUUUAGUUCCUGUUUCAGAAUCAUUUAGUCAAAUAAAUUGUCAUAUGUACAGUUUAUGUCAAUAAAAGAUGUUUUCUUAAAUAUUUUGUAACUUUAAAAUAAAUUCUUUCUCUGAA